CGCCCCGCUUCAUUCCUGCGUUGUUUGGGGACAGUAGGAAGAUGGCGGCGGUCCCGCUGUACUGUGUCUGCCGGCAGCCUUACGAUGUGAGCCGGUUUAUGAUCGAGUGCGACAUCUGUAAAGACUGGUUCCACGGCAGCUGUGUGCAGGUAGAAGAGCAUCAUGCUGUGGAUAUUGAUGUUUACCACUGUCCCAACUGUGAUGUUGUACAUGGACCCUCCCUGAUGAAAAAGCGCAACAACUGGCACAGGCAUGACUACACAGAGCAAGACGAUGGGUCGAAGCCAGUGCAGGCCGGCACCUCGGUGUUUGUCAAGGAGCUGCAGAACAAGACCUUCCCCAGCGCCGAGGACAUUUUGAUCCGGAUGAAGGGGGAGCAGGUGACGCCCAGGUACCUGGAGAGGCACGGCUUCAACUACCCCAUAGCGAUCACCGAGAUGGAGGGCCUGGGGCUUAAACUACCACCUUCUACUUUCUCUGUCAAAGAUGUGGAGCAGUACGUGGGUGGUGACAAAGUCAUUGAUGUGAUCGAUGUGGCACGGCAGGCUGACAGCAAGAUGAAGCUCAGCGAGUUUAUUAAGUAUUUCACCAAGUGGCAUCGGCCCAAGGUCCUCAACCUCAUCAGCUUGGAGUUCUCUGACACCAAGAUGGCAGAGCUGGUGCAGGUUCCUGACGUGGCUCAGAAGAUGUCCUGGGUGGAGAACUACUGGCCAGAUGACUCCUUCUUUCCAAAACCCUUUGUCCAGAAGUACUGCCUCAUGGGAGUCAAGGACAGCUACACAGAUUUCCACAUAGACUUUGGAGGCACCUCUGUCUGGUAUCAUGUUCUCUGGGGAGAGAAGAUCUUUUACUUGAUCAAGCCCACUCCCGCUAACCUUGCACUAUACGAGGCAUGGAGCUCCUCGCCCAAUCAGAGUGAAGUGUUCUUUGGGGACAAAGUGGACAAGUGCUACAAGUGUAUUGUCCCACAGGGAACAACGCUGCUCAUUCCUACAGGCUGGAUCCAUGGUGUUCUCACCUCUCAGGAUUGCAUGGCAUUUGGAGGGAACUUCCUUCACAACCUCAAUAUUGGCAUGCAGCUCAGGUGUUAUGAAAUGGAGCGUCGUUUGAAAACUCCAGACCUCUUCAAGUUUCCGUACUUUGAGGCUAUCUGUUGGUAUGUGGCCAAAAACCUCCUGGAAAUGCUAAAAGAGCUACGUGAGGACAAUUGUCCCCCACCAACCUACAUAGUGGACGGAGUUAAGGCUUUAAUCAGUGCACUAAAGACCUGGUUGAAAAGAGAGGUGAGUGAGCCAACCAGUGAGGUACCAGACAAUAUCAGGCCUAACCAUCUUAUUAAAGAGCUGACCAAGGAAGUCCGCUACCUGGAGGAAGAAGCAGUCAGUGGCGGCAAGCCAGUGAAAUCUCAGGGAAGUGGGUGUGGAAUAGGAUUGACUGGCUGCCCGGCCACUCGCUCCACACUGGAGAGGCUGUGCCAGGCUCGGCGGGCAAGAAGAGCUGCCAGGCGGUUAAGGGAGCAGCAGCAACACGGCCCAAAGGUGCCCUCCAACCUAGACAUCUUGGAGCAGCACACCAAGGAGGUGCUGAAGAGGCUGGAGGUGGGACCUCUGGAAGAGGAUUCGGCGUUCUGUGCCAAGGUUCAUGGGAAACUCAACAAAGUGUCAACUGCAUCAGCUGCUGCUGCUGCAGAGUCUUUGGAGGACAACCACCUACGGCUGAUGUUGGUCAAUGGCAGAAUCAUCAGAGAUAUGAGGCGAACUGGCAGAAGCCCUGUUAAAACAGAGAGUGAACCAUCAUCUGUUUGCCAGAGUCCAAUGAAGACUUGUAUGAUACAGGACAGUCAAGAUGGAAUGUUUGAGAAAACCACACUCCUCAGGGGUUUAGAAAGGGUGAAGACUGAACUCAGGGAAGACGUCUCAGGACACUCCAGUGUGUCCGACAUGGAGUCAGACAGUGACUCUCCCAUAGAGCAUAAAGCAUCAUCGCCGUCAUCCUCUUCUGACGAGGAUUCAGAGAGUUCCCAGACAGAGGAUGAGGAGGAGAAAGGCUCAGGGCACACCAUAGAGCUGGACCAUAAACUCAGGCACAAACACAAAACACUCAAACGAGAACGUCCUACCUCACCCACCACAGAAGAGGCCAUUCAGGGGAUGCUGUCUAUGGCUGGUCUGCUUUGCUCCUCUAAGCCAGAGAAGGUAGCCUCAUCUCAGGAGUCCUGGUGGUCCAACUCCAGCCAGUGCUCACCAGUGGAGCAGAGGGACGAGGUGUUACACCAGCACCACCUGCUGGACAAAAGCCCAAUGGACAGCCAGGGCAACAGCAGCAGUGAGGCCUGGGACAAUCAGGGGCUCCCUAGCCCCCUCAGCCGAACCCAGGCCACAAGCCCAGAGGCAGACUAUCAAUACUGUGACCCUGCAAUGUCUCCACCGCUGCACCCCUCAAAGAGGAACGCCCCCAACCCCCCACCCAUCAGCAAUCAGGCCACAAAAGGCAAACGGCCCAAAAAAGGAAUGGCUACUGCCAAGCAGAGACUGGGAAAGAUCCUGAAAAUCAACAGACACAGUCGCGUCUUUGUGUAAGGCUCCAAGAACUUUAGAGGAGAAGUGAGAUGCUGGAGAUGUAUCAUUCAAGAAAAAAAAGAAACAUUUUUCCAUUUUGUUAUCGGACACUUUGGUGCUGUAGAAACAGAAGAAAGGUAUAAAACACAGACAUACACACACUGCCUGGAGAUGACCGUAACUGAAUGAACCUUGACAUGUAGAACACGCUCACUGUGCACGCUUAGGAGACAGGGUAUUGGAUUUGAUAUAAGCAAGUGCACAUCUUCACCAUAAGCACACUAAGAAAAAAACGACAAUAAAAGCUUCAAGCUAAAGGAGAAGACGAGCAUGUGAAAUUAUCUGCUGCAGGGAAAGUAGAACUGAAGCUUCUGUGGGCAUUCAAAUGGACAAAAAGAUGUGGGAGGUCUACCGGACGACAAACAUGUUUGCUUUGCCAGCGAAACGGCAGGAUACCUAUUGCUUCUGACGCCAAGAUCAUCUGCAUCACAUUUAUUACCCCGUCUGAAGACCUUCCCAGCUAUUUCUGACCAGGAUGGAGUCCCUGGCAGGGUCCUUUUUUUUUCUUUCCUCCCCUCCUAAGGACCCUGAAGGGUGAGACAAGGGGCUAAAGGAAAGGUGGUGAACUGAAAUUUCAAAAUGGUGCUUAUUGUUUUUACUUUUCUCCACUCAUGCUUGUCCCUUCCAAUCGUCACCUUCCUCUCCUCUUUAUCUCAAUCCCCUUUUAUCUCAAUCACACCAGCAAUAAUGACUUUUGAGGAGUGAGUCCGAGGCAGCACUUUGGUGCAUUUUUCCCUUCUUUAUUCUUGUUUCUUUGGUUGAAUUUGUAUUAUUUUGUUUAUAUAAAAAGGUCUAAAUAGGUGCAUUACAGACUUGCACAAAUUAGUGCAAAACCUACUCAAACGCACUGUAUGGGAACUAAGGAUGUCUGUCUUUAAAAGGGAAGAAAUUGUUCAGAGUGCUGCCUCUCAAUGAAUUUGUUUAAAUAGGAAUUGAGUCACUCAUUUUGAAAAGCUCAAAAUGACAAAACUCAUGAGAUCCUUAAUUUAUUUGUUUUAUCUGUGAUGUUUUUAAUGUUAUUUUUUAUAGAGUCUGAAUGAUGUAUUUAUUAAUUGAAAGAGAAUGAUUUUAUUAUAUUUUGACCCUAAAUCUCAGCUUUUGAGGGCUUUUUUUAUGGGGUUAUUUCUCCUUUAACACAUACCUUUUUGUAAAUGUGGAUGUUUUAGAGUUCAUGUGACCAUCAUCUGUUGCGUAGCAUUCUACCUUUCAAAACCUUUUCCCUUACCCAGUUGAAUAGAGCCCACAUUGAUUCUGGUCUGUUCUGCUUUUCUCUUUUUCUGUAGCCAGAGGUGUUUGGUCUACGUGUGAUUAGAGUCUAGGUUAGGUUGGAAAGAUGUCAGCUUUCAUAUCUAUGCCUGAGCUUUUUCAACUUGUGCCACUCAUUUAGGAAAAACAACAACCCACAAGUAUUCUGAGCCAUUGUGGUUGAUCCAAAGUAGUCGAUGUAUUCAGAAUUGAACAGUUGAGUAACUUUGGGAGGAUGAGUGACUGAUUUCUUUAAUGUGUUUUGCUUGGCAUGUGCAGUUUUUCACUCUCAGGGAAUGAUGCCAUGGACAUAACCUUUUGAUUACCCACCAGCCACAUCAUGGAUGCAGACCAGAUGUUCUCAGCACUCACUCAAGACUUAAACUUCACCUCAAGCUUUGGAGUUGAAGUUUGUUCAUCCAUUAGGAUUUCAGUUGUAAGGAUAAGAUCUCGCUCGUACCUUUUUUACAGUAGAUACAAUAGUUUCACAACUUCUGUUCAUGUGAAUUUCGUAUUGUUCCCCACUGCUUCCAAGCACACGCUCAGUUAUGUGUUACACCAGAAACACCCAUGUUAUAAAGUCCAUUCUUAAAGACAUUUAAUGUAAAUGUUGCCAAGUAGCUUUAAGACCACCCUUUGAACAGUGUGAGACUUUGAAAGCUUUGCUCAGGUUCACUUGUUGUGCACAUGACCUGUGACUGUGUGAUCUCUCAUUCAGCCCUGAUGUGUUUCACAUAAUCCUAACAACAAACUGACUUAAACCAUUAGUGUUAAUCACUUUGCCAGACUGAUUUCCUCCUCUUUUCCUUACAAUUUAACCUUUUGAACUCUCGUUGCAUGUUGAAUUAUUGAAAACGUGCUGGCCCGCAGGCAGGGUUUGUUUCUAAGCUGAAGUAUUCAUCAUACAGGAUCUUUCCUCUUUGGUUUUAUAUGCAGCUUUCUUCACAUUUCUUAAUGAGCGUUGGUCCGCGCUAUUUUUUUUUUUUCCCCAGAUUUAAAUUGCUUGAUUUAAAAAUAUACAAACACUGGCUGUGACACAGACACUGUUAAUGAAUUGCAUUUUGUUUCUGCAUUUCAAAAAUUGCGUGUAAAUAAAACUAAUGAAAUAAC